UGUGUGCGGUGGCUUCCUUCUCUUGACCGUCCCAAAUUGCAAGUAAACAAUACGUCGCUUUAGAUAAUGUGCGAGUCUGAAACUACCGAGGCCGGCCUGCGAGCUAGCACGGAGGGCAUGCAGCCCGGGCCGCCGGCUUUGUAGCGGUUCCUGCUUACAAAAGGGUUCCUGGAGACCGGGCUGCUGGGGACCCUGGAAGGGGGUGGGGACAUUUCCAGUUCCUAAGGGAAAAUGCCGGGGCUGCUUUGGAUCAGGAUUUAAGUAUAAGAAGUAGUAUGUAGCUCGGCGGGGGGCGGGGGGGGAUAGUCACGACCCCCCCCCCCCGGUGAACAUUAUUUUUUGAAACAGUGGCAGAAAGGAUCUAAGUGAGCAGAGGUCGGUAUUUGUUGGUUCUUUAAAAAAAUAAAAAGAAAAAUCCUCUUGGCUUAUAAGUCUUUUGUUCCAAUCCAGGAGAAAUCCGGUGAAUCACCUAAUUAAAAUCAAGACGUGAAUUAAGCAUCCAUUUUUGUACUACAAAUUGCCAGCGCUACGUUUGUCCCUCCCUUGGUCUCCAUUAAAAAACACCAGAGACGUUGUUAAAAAGGGGGGCAGAUUUUGCCUCUAGCUGCCAGUUCUGCUUUCUGUUUCACUGACUAUCCCAGGACCUAAAUUGCUUGGCUAUGUAAUUACUAGAGUAUAAGCCUAUUUAACUUAAAAGCUUUUUUUUUUUCCAACUCUAAAUGAAACUUGAUGAGGGCCCGUCCUUAGUUAUCAGGGGAGUCAGUUUCUGGUCAGUCCUCUUGAUUCAUCUCUUUUAGAUUUAAUCAGCAUUAAGGUAUUGCUUGUCCUUAAGAGCUUUAGCUAAUGGGGUUACUGGAUGCUUUUCUCAGUGUAAUGUUUCCUUUUCAAAAAAAAUAUACAUAUAUAUUUACCUCUCACGAAAGAUGGGGGCGGGGAACAGCUUGGAAUCUCCUCCCUCUCUCCUCUUUUAAAAAGGAAUUCGGAGCGAUUAAAACGAGGGGGGGGGGGUAGUUUAAAGACCCAGGGCAGGAAAUGCAGAUUCAUUUGGGUUAGGGCUGAAAUUGUAACAAAAAGCAAUUCCUCGAGUAAAUGCAUCAGAUAAAUCAAUUUACAUAAAGGUAUGAUGCAUUCGGAUAAAUGCAAUGCUAAUGGGUUUUAGAGUGGUCCUGUUUCCAAAGUCUCAGGGUUUUGUUACAGCUUAAUUGGUGCAGUUCUUAUUCUGGUUUAUUGUGCGGUCACUGGACACACGUUCCGGGACUCUUUCGGAGGAAAUGUGUUUAAAAUCAGCCUAUUUAAGGAAUCCCAGUCCUUGUUUCGUUCCCUCUCCCUCGUUCUUCUACAGCAGCCAAGUUGGGCCAGGGACAGGCAAAGUUCGCCCUCUCUCCCUUCUGAGAUAUCAGCUGAAUGUCUUGAGCAGAUAGCUGGGAGCCUUGGGGACAGACCACACUCUCGGCUUGCUGAGGACAAAGACAAAACAAGCUGCUUAAUUGGCAGUAAAUAACUUGAUCUUUUUAUAGAAUAAGUGACUGGAGGAACACUAGGACUUUAUUGGACUCAGGAUUGGAGGCAACAAAUUAAUCGGUUUAGGCUAAGCUUUAUAAAUUGAUUCCUAUAUUAUACCCCAGUUGCUUCUCUUGUGGCAUUUCAUUAGAGUGGGGAGGGGAUGUUUAAAAGCAGUUUUGGGUGACAGCAGGACUAGCUCGAAUUUAACUUGUGCAUCCCUAAACCGUGCCUUCUCGCGUAUUAUCUGUGCCCCCCCCCCCCAUCCCCUUUUGGAGGAACAAAGCUUUAGCAUUUAAAUUGCUGAUCAAGGGCAGAUUAGUGAGACCAAAGUGGAGAGUGUUUGUAUAGGAAGUUAACCGGCAUCCUAAAGUUCAAUGAUCUAUUAUUCUUGCCUGUGUCCUGAAAACCCAGAGAAAACACUCAUUGAUCUUCAAAAUGAAAUGAGAUUUGGAACAAUAAUGGGAGAUGGCGGUCACCACAAUGGCAUGCGAGAGACCAUGGUGAAUCCGGGCAGCAGCUCGCAGCCGCCCCCGGUGACGGCCGGCUCCCUCUCCUGGAAGCGGUGCGCUGGCUGCGGGGGCAAAAUUGCGGACCGCUUUCUGCUUUAUGCCAUGGACAGCUACUGGCACAGCCGAUGCCUCAAGUGCUCCUGCUGCCAGGCGCAGCUGGGAGACAUCGGCACGUCCUGUUACACCAAGAGCGGCAUGAUCCUUUGCAGAAAUGACUACAUUAGGUUAUUUGGGAAUAGCGGUGCCUGCAGUGCUUGUGGACAGUCAAUUCCUGCGAGCGAACUCGUCAUGAGGGCACAAGGCAAUGUGUAUCAUCUUAAGUGUUUUACAUGCUCUACCUGCCGGAAUCGCCUGGUCCCAGGAGAUCGGUUUCACUACAUCAAUGGCAGUUUAUUUUGUGAACAUGAUAGACCUACAGCUCUCAUCAAUGGCCAUUUGAAUUCACUUCAGAGCAAUCCACUACUGCCAGACCAGAAGGUCUGCUAAAAGGUCAGAGUAAUGCAGAAUGCGUGCCUUCAUCUCAGAUUUUGUUCAUCACAGGUGGAUCCCAUGUGUCUUCAGUAGACAAGUCACCUUUGUAGCUAGCACCAGUGCCAGCUCCAUUGCACCUUCUUUAGUCUUGAUUGCCCUUCCCGCAUUUAUUGGUGUAUUAAAAUGACUGAAUAUGAACAUUAAGGACUCCAUGAACCUGGGCUAAUGGGAGACUGUAGAGAAAAAUGAAAAAACAUCCACCGGAGGACAUCUUUCGGGGGGGAGGGAGCUUGGGGGGAGGGAAAUGACUAAUGAAGCUAAUUAAAAGAAGCAUUCAAAUCUGCUUUCUAUCCUCAUUAACAAUUAGCAGGGCACUGGCCAGAGUUUGUACCCUGUGUUUUACCUUAACAACAUUCUAUUUGCUCUUUGUAUAUUUAAGUGUUGUAAGGAAACGUGUUUCAAUCAAACUGAACAUGAGAUAAAGGAAAGAGAUGUGGCUUUUGUGAUAUUCUAUCACAAACACUUUUAUUGUAUCUCUGUAAAAUACAAUGUAUGUAUGCAUGUAAGUGUUUUUGUCCUAAUGUUGCUACUACCACGGCAAAGAUUAAAAAAAGAACGGGAAAAAAAAAGUCAGGCUCAUAGCAGCUACUGUGUAGAAAUCUCCUCCUACUUCUAAUUUGCUGAAUGAAGAAAAAAAUCUUUUAUUUGUGAUAUUUUCAGAGACAUUUGCUCUAGUAUGGUGUAUUUAAAUAAUAAAAACUUAAAAGAAAAAGAAUUCAAUG